AUGAAUCCCCCAGAGACUCCGGAUUACUACUCAGAUCUUGGCAUUGGUGAAUAUGCGACGCUAAAAGAAAUUGAAAAGGCGUACACCAAUCUUGUGCUGAAAGUCCAUCCGGACAAGCAGGCUCCUGGAGCUUGCGGAGACGCACAUGACUUCCGCAAGGUCCAGGAGGCUUACCAAGUUCUGCGAGAUGAAGCAACGCGUGUGGAGUAUGACGCCCAGUACCCGGAAAUCCACAGCGAGUGGGAUGAAUACCGCAUAUUCCUAGAACGCGAGGCCGCAAAGGCGAAGCGAAAGGCCGUAAGACAAGCGAAACAAAAGGCUGCAGAAGAAGCCGGAAGAAAGGCUGCAGAGGAAGCCGAACGAAUAGCCGCAGAGGAAGCCGAACGAGUAGCUGCAGAAGAAGUCCAGCGAAGGGCUGAGGAAGAAGCGGAACGAUGGGCUGCAGAGGAAGCCAAGAAACAAGCUGCAGAGGAAGAAGUCAAUCGCCAAUGGGAGGAAGUAAUCGCUAUGCAACAAUCUGGAGAGGAGUGGGAGUGCCAGAUGGAAGCAUUCCUCGAGGAAGAACGCAGAAUCAAGAUGACCAAAGCAUUCCAAUGGGAAGCAAUACACGACCAGAUGAGAAAGGAGGAGAUUCGGAUGGAGGAGAGAGAACGGGCAGAAGCAUUCGACGAUAUCCGACAGCAAGUGGACGCGGACCGCAGAAACAUACUUCAGCCUCUGGAACAGAAGCUACAGGAGGAGCUCCAGAAGGUGGAGCGCCGCUACAAGAAGAUGAUCGAUAAAGAGGAGAAGAAGUUGAAGAAGCGUCUGGACGAAGAGACAGCAAACGCCGAGAAGGAGCUUGAAGCCAAAUGGGCCAUGCGCCGACAGCGCAACGAGAAGAUCAAAGCUGUCAGGCAGGCAAAAGAGGAGUAUGCGGCGUUGCAAGACCUGCACUCCCGUCAAAAGGCAUGGGAGGAGCAGCAACGCAAAGCUGCAGAGGAAAGAGCCAAAGAACAGCUCAGAUCGGAGGAGAAGAAGAGGAAGAAGCGGAAGGCAGAAGAGGAGCCCAACACGGAGGAAUGUGAAGCCGAGGAGAAGCGCGAGGCUAAAGAGCAACGAAGAGCUGAAAAGCGACGCAAGGUUGUUGAGGAGCAACAAAGGGAUUGGGAACGCUUCCUAGAAAAGGAAAGAAUCGCGGAGGCCAACGAAGCGGGUCGGAAGGCGAACAAACGUCAAGAAGCCACCGCGAAGAAGUUUUUCAUACGGAAGAAGGAGAAAGCAGCAGAGGCAAAGAACGGCAAACCAAAGCGCAAGAAAAUGUAA